AGGAGCAACCGCUCAAUCACCCUGGGUCGGCCCUCUAUUCGAGGAGAAAAUCCUUUACAGAGUUUUUAUGUCGGUGUAUACUUCUCUCGGUGAGGAUGGAAGAUUUUUUCCUAGAUGCUGGCUCUUCGUGUCUUACGAUUACAUAAUUUCUAUAUGUCCUAAUACAUGGUGAUGAGAUGAGUUCGCGGCUUCGUAUCACCACGUGACUGUUGUCGAUUCACAUUCAUCAAAAUGUUAAUUUGAAAAUUAUACAAUGUCAAAGCUACAUACUUGUUUAAAACAAUUUCGAAAACCGCGACGGCGACAUGACACACAAAUCGGCAAGUUCCACGAGCGUAUGUCCCACCCAAGGUUUUCGCAAAUUAUGGCGUGCCGCGACACCCAGUUCUCGGCUCGGUUCCCUGGGAGCACUGAGUGCCGCACUUUCUCUGGUGUCUGUAGUGCACGCUGCCGAUCUGUACUUGGACUGCGCGGACACGGAGAAAGUCGCCCUCCAAGAAAGCGACGGAAAGCCCAAAGCGUCGAGCCAUGCUCGGCAGUUCCUCGAGUCGCAGACGCCGCCCGAAUGCCCGGCCCCGGAGAUCCGGAAUCCAGAGACUUUUGUGCCGGCGAUGGCGAAGACGAGCGAGCUCUGGAUUGUAAACUACUACGCCGGCUGGUGUCCGCACUGCAUCACCUUCGCCCCGGCAUACAAGCAGCUCGCAAAGCAGUACGACGGCAAGGUGCACUUCGCCGCGGUGAACUGCGAAGUGCACGGCGGAUGGUGUUCCAACGUGGGUGUCUCCAGCUACCCCACACUGCGGGCGUACCACGAAGCGCCGGCCGACGCGAGUGACAAGGGGGACGGCGGACCCUUAGACCUCACCAAGUCACAGAAACACGGGCCCGACCGGCUAGCCUUGUACACCCAGCUCAUCGAUGCCCUGGUUGCGAAACGACGUGGAAACGACGGCCUUCCACUGGAGGGGUCCAGCGCAGCGGCGACCAAGACUACACCAGAUGAGAGAGAAAAGGAUAGUGCCGCUGCAGGAGGUGGUGGUUCUGGUGCUGCGACACCAGGUCCUGCAAAGAUAACGUCCUGGAAGUGGCAAGACGAAAGCUCGACCCUGUACGCCAAUCGCGAGCGCGACGCGGUGCUGGCAUUGCUGUACAGUUUGAAGGUCGGAGUUUUUUUGAAAGCCGAGGACGGUGUCCUGAGUGCGAAGAUCUGGAAGGAGCUUGAGCGCUGGCUUCAGUUCGUUGCGGCUUACUUUCCAAGAGAAAGCCUACGAGGAGACUUGACGGAUUUGGUAACGCGAAUAGACCCUAGCGUAACAGCCGAGGCCUGGAUUAAACUACUUGCAGCUUGGGCUGGAGACAGUGCGCGGGAGGACCAGUUGAUUCGGGAAGUAUCUAGGCUACGUCUUUUUGAAAAGCAGUUGGAACAAGUGCGGUUUCUCGAUGUCGCGUGCAGAAUGUCUCAUUUCGUGUGUAUUUGUACUUCUUUGUCAUUCAUCUCUAUUGCCCAAUUGAUCUCCGGAACUAAAUCAUUACAAAAUCAUAAUCUUUUUACCUGACCGCAGGCCUUCAUCCCUAUCCUCACCGGUGGCCAAGACGUCGUUCCCUCCCUCCGCGCCUCCACAUCCUUUACUGGCGCACUGUGGCAUCUGUUACACAUUCUCACCGUAUCCGUGGACCAGCAGCAUCCACCCCACCUGUCCAAAGACGAGGACAUCGAGCAGGCCCACUCCCUCCGGUCCGCCGCCUCCCAGCACACUUUCCCGGCGGACCGGAAGCGGUUCUACGACCGCCUGAGGUCGUUCGUGAGCAACUUUUUCGGAUGCGACGACUGCCGAAGACACUUUCUGGACCGAUUCGACAAGUGCGCCUUCGGCCGGUGCGACACGACGCAGCCUUCCAGCCUGUGGCUGUGGGAGCUGCACAACCGCGUCACGCAACGUGUGUACCGGGAAACCGUGGCGCACCACCACCAGGACUUGGCGAUAACCAAUUUGGAACCCAAACUGCUCUUCCCGUCGCCCCAGCAGUGCCCGGACUGCUACUGGAAGGAAAAACCGAAACAGCGGCUCUCCGCCGCGGAAGCUGCGAAGUGGGAAAGCGUCUUGGCAGACAUAAACAGCGCCGUAGCAGGAGCAAGUGGUCCUACUUCUGGGAACAACAAUGCGCCCGGAAAGGCAGCGGAAUCCGCUUCAGCCAAGAAUGCAGACUCGGAGGACGACGACGACGCAUUCCCUUCGCAGAACAAGAGAAAAAAGCCACGGCCGAGCAGCAACCAGCUCUUCCACCAACUUUUCGACAAAGCGGCGGUGGAAAAGUUUCUCACACGAACCUUCUACCCGGAGAACCCGCCCCCGUUUGAACCCCUACCGACUGAAGCUUCCGGCAGCGCGGACGAGGACGCGCUGGCCGCAGGGGAUAGUGUGGUACUUACGAAAUACAACUCUUUUAUGAAUUUACUACUUUUACGCGGUGUUUGUUUCGUGGUGUAUCUCUAAGUCGUUUCUCUCCAAGACUUCUUAACCUCAAGCACAGCUAUUACCUAGAGGACCAUGAUGCGGCUGCCCAGGGUGAUACAUAGAUAGCAUGUGCAAACCAACCCAAUGCGACGAUACAACACAGCUCGUCGAUUCUUCCGGCAUACUGCUGCCUCCGUGGUUCCCGUCGAGUGCGAUGCUUUUUCUGGUCGUGGCAGUGGCCGUGAUCUUCUUCCUCUCGAUUUGCCGGGAUAAGAAGCUGUACUGGGUAGGGUGCACGAGAAAAUUUUGCGCCGGGUUGAUGCGACGGACUCGGCAGUGGACGCUGAGCCGAAAAUCCUCGGCCAUGAAUUCCCCACCCCGGCAGUUUGACGUAGACGACGACACAGCUCUGUAUGAGCUCGACCAACCCCGGUCGCCCCUCGGCAUGCAACGCGUCGGUGCUUACAGUGUCGAAGAAAUGAUCUGAGGAACCGAAUGGAAAUAAAGACCUCUUGCAUACUAGUGCGCGCAAUUUGUGCCGGCAAACUGCCUCAAGUCCGCUCUUCAGGGGCGGGUGGCCAGGAUCCCGAAGAGGACGUGGCGUGCUUGUGUUCGUUUUUUUUUUGGACAAAUGCUGGUGUGCACACGUGAACAGGCGGAAUGGAAAAAUACGAGCGGGCGUUGUCUUUCGAGAUGAGCUAAGCUUUCAGUAUACGUCUAUAUCAGAUGUUGAUCAUGAUCCUGUGUCGAGAGAGGCCGAAAACAAGUACUCUGUGCCUCUGGUCAUGAGCGGAGUGACAAUCAUUGCGCAUUUAUUUUUGAACGAAGCCCGAGCGAGGCAACAACAACAUCAAAAUACCACGAUCAUCAUGUCGGAGUCGGC